AUGCCUCAGCCAUUAGCUGGACCUGCAUACCCUCAAUUGCAGCCCCCUUUUCAAACGAGGCAGGGUAACCAGUUGCUUGCUACCCAUGAACGGGUUAAUCAAUGGCGUAAUAGACUAUGGAGGCAGGAGCAGGCUGAGGAUCAGAUGAUUCAACGCCAGGAAGCAAUACAGCUCCCAAGGCAGGAACAGCAGUUGGCUGAGGAUCACCAGGAAAGAGAAAUUGAAUGUCAGGAGGCAAUUAGACUACAGGUACAGCAGCAUUCUCAGCAUGCUGAUCUGCGUUAUGAAGAGCUACAAGCUCAGCAACUCAUUAGAAUCCAAAGAGCUGCUCAAGAAGAGCUUGAAAGGAGGGAAGAUAAGCUAGCAGAUCAGGCUUACAGGGCUGCCAGGGAUGCUGUAGACCAAGGCGGGUAA